GAUAGCCGCUGUCAGAGCAUCAAUAAGACUCUUCGAGCGGAUGAAACAACAGGAGAGGAAAAUUCCACAAGGAAAACUUGCUGUCAACAGUACUAGCGCCCACAGCUUACUGCCAGCUCUCCACAACCGCCAUAUCAAGCUCAUCAACGCCACUUGGGAAGAAAUGAUCAAAUAUAUGGACGUGCAUGGCGUGAGAAUUAUCGAUCGCUGUUUGACGAAAAAGCCCGAUCUAAUCCGUCUGCUCCCGAAACUGGCAGCUUGUAAAAAAUGCAAGAGCUGCAGGUCUCUGAGGAAUAACGCUGCCUCAAUCCAGUAUGGCCGAAAGUUGCUAUUGGACAUUACCAGUGUAGUCAUCAACCUACGUAAUAAUGCAAUCCUAGAGUCCUACAUUAGGGAUACGUUUCAUCGUCUUCGGGAGGCUGGUGUGGACAAAGAAGACAUCGAGAUGUGCCGGGAUGAACUGAUCAUGUACUUAGCAGACAUCCAGCCCAGCAAGUGGUCUACCGAAGCCAAAUCUGCCUGGAAGACAAUGGUAGACGCCAUUACUACCCUUGGCACCAAAGGAUGGCAACAUCCAUCUGAUGGCCUGAGCAUAAGGAAAACGGUUUCAUCUA